AUGUUGUGGCGCGACUUUGCACACUCUGUGCUCUCUACUCUGCUCUUCGCGGCCUUCAGCCCUGUGAGCGCCUCAACAGUCAUCUUUCUCUUCAAAGACGUCUUGCAGUCCGACACGACAUCACUGAAGACGUCUGGCUUCGACACACUGGCCAUCUUCCGGAUCGGCGUGCUUGAGAAUGGCGACCUGGUCUACUACUCCACCGGCGAUGCGGGCGAGGCCGUCGACGCCCCCGUCAUCACGGCCGGGGAAUAUGUCGGUGGAUCAGCACUGGCCGACAAGGUAAAGUCAUUCAAGACAGGUGAGACCCUCAUCACCCGCGUCGAGGUCUCCCUGGUGUCGCACGACGCCACCUUUGUCAACAUCCGGGACCUGGUCAACGCGAACGGCACCGGCCCCGACACGCCGCUCUACCAGAAUUUCGAGGCGCUGAGGACGGCCUGGGACCUCGACGCCUUCAACAACGACGACGAGUCAGUCUACGACGUCCCGAGCACGGUCACCUUCGCCAAGCUGCUGGGGGAGAUCGGAUACCAGUACUCCAUCGCGCCCUACGCCAACAUAGCCUUCUGGACGAGCGUCGUGGACCAGCUGCCCGGUCUUCUCGACCGCGUCUACCUGCAGGUCUACGACGGCGGCGCCAGCAACGACCCGGGCGCCUGGCAGGACGCUCUCGGCCUCAAGGUCACUCCUCUUGUUUGGGUUACCAACGACGCGAAGCCCAGCGAGGGCAACACGCCUGAGCAGGCGCAGGCAAAGUUCGCCAACUGGAACACCCAGUACGCUGUGGACGGAGGGGGUUACUGGAACGAUUAUGACAUAGAAAAGAUGAACUCUUCUUACACCGCGUAUGCCCAGGCCAUUACAAAUGUCUUCACGGCAUAG